AUGAAGCUUGUACCUGAUGCGUUUCAUCCAGGCUACUGGGGGCCACUGCUCAGCGCCCACAUGCCUCGCACUGCGUACCUGCCGGUAUCCGAGUCGUUUAUUUCUGCCCUUCAAAGAGACUCUCUGAACGAGGCUGAUGCGGAGCGGUUACAAAGCGACUUUUCUGAGCUCAUUCAGGGACUCUCGCACGCCAUGGACUACCUCAGAACAGAUCACAGCACAUCUGAGGGAUUUUGUCCCAAACUAAACGGUAAACUGCCCUACGACGCUGCCUGGAUACUGGGGCGGCAUGCGCCCUGCUGCUAUACCUGGAACGAGGCCAUGAUGGUGCUGCGCGCCUCCAGUCGCAUUCAUGAGCCAACGAGGACGAGCUGGCAGGGGUCAUUCUGUCUAGUGGUGCAACGCUGGGAGCAGAUCCACCCGGCGAAUGAGUUUCGCUGCUUUAUCUCGAGCUGUCGUGUCAUUGCCAUUUGCCAGCGCCAUCCCGACACACCGUAUCCCUUUCUGGCGAGGGAGCGCGAUCGACUCGUGAAUGCGAUGGUAUCUUUCUACGAGACACACGUUCGACCAUUGCACCCGGCGUAUGCCGAGUGCAUCUUGGACUGUUACUUGGACGAUUCUCAGAGUGUGCGCACGCUCGGUAUCGAUGCCUGGAGCGAUGAUGCGCUGCUGCUCUUUGAGGUAUCGGAAAUGGAGGCCUUGCGUGCGCAGGCUGCAGCGGCGUUUCCUGGUCAGCACUCCGACCCGGAUGGCCACCGCCAAAGCGAAGCACCCGGAGAGGAUGCCACCGGUGCAACGGUUUCGUUUCGCAGCGUUGCCCAGGGUUUCGCUGCGGUACCCUGGGGAUGGUCAGAGAAGCUGCCGCUUGAGCUCGGGGACGAUUUCUUGCGAGCGCGCAUACAGCGCAAUGCUUCAGACUAG